UGCCCUCGUUUAUUUUGGGCUGCUAGUUCUCGGUGUAUGUUUAUUACCAUUGAAUAUUUAAGGCGUUUCUAUUACUCCAUAUAGGACGAUAUAUUUUUAAAAUACAUUAUGAAGGUUCUUUCAUCCGAAUGUAUGCAUAACACAAGGUUACUAACUCUAAUAAGCCUAACAUUUUAUGUGAAGUUGACAAGUACAGCACAUCCCGGAAGUUCGUAUGGGGACAAUGUAGUUUUUAUGUAUGAAGAGAAAUCGGCGCAGUUUAAACCAAGCUGUAAAUGCCAUAUAGAGGGAACUGAAACCUCACAUUUCCACAAGUUGUUCAAGUUAGAAGAAGAUGGACCAAUGUACGAUCUAUGCUACGCAGGGUCAUAUGUAGCUGAAAUAACCCCAACCAAAGCUGUUUGUAAACCAUGUAUAACUGGUACAUAUAACCCAUCUUCAAAUGCUUGUUCAUAUUGUCUGAUGUGUCGAACAUGUGGAGAAUUUGAAAACAGUUAUUUUUAUUUUAUAGCAGAUCACCAAGAAGAAUGCAACGGUAGCCUAGUAGAAAUACCCCGGCUGACAGAAGAUAACAAAAAGACAAUUGCAGAUAAAAGCCUUAGUGACCAUGUCAUCGAACUAUUGGUUAAGGAGAUAGGGAAGGAUUACCGUACUAUUGGAAUCGCUUUGGGGUUGACUCCUGCGAAAUUAGACCGAAUUGAAAUGGACAACAAGAAUCAAAACAUUAUAAACGCUUUUAGAAACAUGCUGUUGGCAGCACGUCAAAUGCAUUCUCCUAAUAAACAGUGUGAAGUGUUUAUCAAAGCAUUUCAAGAUUGCAAUAGACGAGAUCUUGCCGAUAUUAUUAUAAAAAAUGUUGCAACGGAAAGCGGACGAGUGGAUUUAGCAAUUGCCGAUCCUGAAAACGGAACCGAUAAGUGUCUCAAAUACCCAACUGAGGAAGCAGAUGAAAGGCGUUCAACAACCUCCUCAUCCCAUAGCUGCUCAUAGGCUCAUAGCUGCUCAUAGGCUCAUAGCUGCUCAUAGCUGCUCAUAGGUUCAUAGCUGCUCAUAGGCUUAUUUAUAACCAACGGGUAUCCAUAAGAUUUUGUUGAAUUCUACUUAUAAUAAAACUGACCCAUUUUGUAAAUUAAUAUGAUUUAAAAUCAACAAGGAGCUUUUUAGCAAUAGUUGUAAUAGUUUAUUUCUUUCUCAUUGACGAGUGACUUCCUUUCAAGAAACGAAAAAAAUAUUAUGAUGUUGCAGUUUGAGGUUUUUAAGAUCUUUAGUCGUUAAAACUACACAGAAAUUUUGUACAUUCAAGGUUUAUUAGGUCACACAAAUAUCAGUGGAUCAAAUGACAGAAACCCUGAAAGAUUUCUCUAAAAUAUUUGCCUUAAUUUAUAAAACAACAAUUGCAUGACAUUAAUAUUUGUUUUAAUAUAUUAUUCCGUCUGUCGUGGCUUUUUCAAAAUCUAUUAUAAAUAAUUACAAUUACAAACUUAGAGGUUGACCUAAAUUUGAAGCCCUGUGUAGAAUGAAGAUGUAGACAUUGUUUAUAUAUUUUUUGCAUUAGGUUUGCUAACGAUAUUAUAGUAUACUGCACUUGUGCAAUAUACUCUAUGCUGUGUGAAUGGAAUUUUUCUGUAAAAUGGAAUGUGUUAAGGUUCAUUUCAAUUCAUUUGACAGGGACGCCAAGUACAGUUAUUUAUUUAUUUAUUUAUUUGUGACACUUCACCUUUCUAUCGGUGGCACUCACAACCAGUGGUGCGGUCUUACAAAAUAUACAAUAGAAAAAGGAGAGGAUAAUCAAAACAUUAACAGGCAAAACUUAACUAAACUGAACUACAAUGUGAAAUGUAGUUUUAUCAGGUAGUUGUUAAUUGGACCUAUGUUUAGACAAAUGACCAAUGGCUGAUAUCACCUUGUCGAUAAGACUAAGUUUAAAGUAAUUUUGACCUAGUUUCUGCAGUAUACUUAUGUCUCUAUCAGGAGCACAUUCUUAGUUUGUUUGGUAAACAGCAUUGGGAUUUGAUAAUUGUAAUGUUUAUUAGAGUUAAAUGAUUGCGCUAUUUUUUUAUAUACCUAUUAUAUGUAACGCAAGUAAAUAUGUUGAUUUCAUGGUGAUAUAUUCUUGAUUUUUUAGUCAAAUAUUUUAACAAACCAUCAGGAUGAUAUUUUUUUUUAUAAAUAAGGUAUAUAUGCUUACUACUGUUUAUGGGUUCUUGGGUUAUAUUUAACUCUUAUUAUUUAUACAAUAAUUUGAGUUAUUUAAUUAACGCUGAAAUAAAGCAGGAACAAUAAUUUACCUGUAUAGAUAUAAACCAUUCAUUUGCAAUUAAUUGAACAUUUUUUUUUUCAGGAACAUGGUAUUAAUGUAAGACCUAUGUUGAUUUUAUUGCUUUAUACCAAAUACCUCUUCGUUUCAUUUUAUAAUGUUCCGUAUAUAUAUUUGUUUUCAUCACUAAAAUUUUAUAUUUUAUUUUUUUAAAAUUAAUUUUUAAUGCUGUUUAUAUUAUACGUUUUGCUACGGCCCCUCUCUAUUGUUAAACAAGCCUUUUAGGGUUCAUGAGGGUUUGUUUUUGU